UAUUGAACGUACCCCGACAGACUUGUCAACACAACAGAAAAAAAAACCUUUGUCGCUUACUUCAAGCAGUUAACUUCCAAAUGCCAAGGAAAUUUGGAAACAGGUUGGAGCUGCUCUUCGUCGUGAAACUUCUUCCAGCAGCAGUAGAGCCUCAGCUUGUGUCGAGCAGUAGUUGUUUUUAGUGCUAACGCCAUCGUAGCUAAGCUAAUGCUCCUGCUAACCGUAACGUAAUGACAGACGAACCAACAGCAGUAGCUGUUAGAAGUAAGCACUGCUACUUUAUCUGCAUUAACUCUGAAUACAUUGCUACGAAACGGGUCCAUCCUCUAGUUAGGUAGCGACUGACACCGGCACAUAAUUUUCUCCACUGUCUUUUUGCUAUUUGGGCUAACGAUUGGCUCAGAAUGGGGAUGUGUUUGUCUUGCUUUGGUGGAGCAGCGGACGACAUUGCAACUCCAGACCCUGUGACCAGGAGGCAACAGUUAGCUGAAGCUGCUGAGAAAAGGCAAAAAGAGACAGCAUACAGGGGAGUCAAAAAUCCAGAAGCAGUUGAAAGGAAAAGGAAAAAACAAGAGGAAACAGAAAAACAAGCGAUGAGCAGCUCUGUGUCUGGUGGUGGUGGUGGUGGGUUGAAGUGGCAGGUGGGAUGAACAGCUGCUGGUCAAAUCUGAAGUCCUGGGUCUGAAGUCUACAUGAAGAAAUACUACAAGAUGACUUGAUGAUGUCAGAACGGCUGUUCAUUUCCAGCUUUUUUCCCUAAAGUUUUUUUUGAGUUGCGAGAAAAACAGUCACAGCUGUCAAGUGUCAUGCAAAAUAAACCAACGUGAACGGAGAACAGUCGGACUGCUCCCCAGUCACAGCAUCCAGAUUGGACCACAGACCGCCUGCUAGUGGUUAGUUUUAUUGGAUAGAGGUUCAACACUAUACUUAACUUAAGCAGUAUUUUUACUCACGCUUUUCAUGUUUAGAUAUUGUUUUCGCUACAUGUAAUUUAUGCUUCUUAACUGCACAUUUCUUGCUGUUUUCAUGUCAUUUUGUAUUCAUGGGUUUAUAUUGACAUUGCAUGCCACCGUUAUUGCAGCAUGUUUGCAAAUUGCAUAUUUACAUUGAAUUCACACAGUUAAUGUUUACAGAGAAGAUACUACAUUUAUUUGCAGUACUACUACAGUGUGCUUCAAGGUACCACCAUUUUCACCUUGGUCAGGGCUUCUUAGUUGUUACCUAACAUUUGAGGAAGUUCAGCACAAAUUCUCCACCUGCAGAGAUGUGCUGCGACUGCAGACAAUGCAACAUUUUAUCAUGCAAACUGAAAACUGUGCAGUUUACCUUCACAGACUCUGUUUAACAGCAGUCUGACCUUCACCAGUACUCUGACACACUCUCCUACAAGUCACUUUUAAGUUUGCUUUGAGUUAUAAUGAAUGUGCAACGCUAAUGUGUUUGUAGCUUGAUUCAUAUGGGCUAUAGGAUAGAUUGAAGUCAAUAGUUAGCACACCAAAUUAAUUCUAUUUGACACAGGUGAUCUGACUUAAUGAAUGUGAAGAUGUGUUCAAAUAAAUAUCUGACGUAAAGAUCAUCAGAGUACACAUAUGUGAUGUUGUAAUCCUUGAUGACGCUCGUUUGAGUGUACUUCCUGUGGCCUCUUACAGUGGUGCUCAGUCUCUCUCUCUCCUCGCUCUUUUUCAAUUUGUAGACAAGAAAAGCCAAUGUUAUUUGCUACAAUAAAUUGUAUUUCUGC